AUGGCGGCUAUCAUUUACAAAUGUUGUACUCCUUUUUCCUUGAAUGAUUGGGAUCAAAAGAAAAAAUUGCUUGUUAUUUUAAUGAUGUUGAUGGAUGAAGAAGAUUCUGUCAUGUUGAAAUGGAGAAUUUGGUGUCGUCAGUGGUUGCAACGGUGUGAUGAACGAGGAGCAUACCACACAAUUUUUAGGGAGUUGGCAAUUGAAGAUAUGCCUGGUUUCGCUGAGUAUAUGAGAAUGCCAUACACAAAGUUUGUCGAGCUUGCAGAAAAAAUUUUGCCCUUUAUAGUUAAGCAAGAGACAUGUAUGAGAAAGCCUAUUGAUAUUGACCCAAGCGAAAGGUUGGCCCUUGCAAUUAGGUAUCUUGCCACAUGGGAGACUUUUCAAUCACUCUCCUUCCAAUUUCGGAUCGGAACGACAACAAUAUCUCAGAUUGUGAUUGAAGUAUGUGUCGCUAUUUACCGUGUGUUUGGGAAUGAGUAUUUGAAAACACCAAACACCACUGGAAAAUGGAACGAAAUUGCAGAGUUAUUUUACUCCAGGUGGAAUAUCCCCAAUAAUGUAGGAGCCAUUGACAGGAAAAGGUUUGUCAUGCAAAAGUUUGCAGGCACUGGUUCCCAGUUCCAUGACUACAAAGGAAAUGAGAGCAUCAUUGCCUUGGUUAUGGCUGGCCCAGAGUACGAGUGUCUCUAUGUUGAUGUGGGAACUAAUGGCCGAAACCUGCAUAGUCAUGCUUGGGGCUGUUGCUCUCUAAAACAAGUUCUACACAACAUUGAAUUUAUCUCAACUACGCCCAUUACCGGGAAGUACAAAACCAAUUCCUUUUGUUCUCACAGCAGACGAAGCCUUCCCAUUGUCGGAACACAUGCUUAA